AAAAUGUAAGACUUAAUUUGUUUCUUUCUUCUCCUUUUUCCCAAUUCAUUCAGGAAACAAUAAAAUUUCAUUUAAAAACUGUAUAAAAAUGGCAACCAAAAAAGUGGAAACAAUUCUAAUUGCCGUGACUGCAGUUCUGCUUGCAUAUUGGCUGUUCUUCUCGUCAUCGAGGUUUUACGACGACUCCAGACACAAGAUGCAGAGUUCACAGCCUACGUCUACGGGGGAUCUGCGACUAGCCGAAAGAACGCAUAUUAUGUGGCAUGGUUCCGAGGCAGAAAAAGAUUAUAGGGAGUCUUUAAAUCAAAUAAAAUGUGCAAAAGAACAGAAAGAACAGCUUUUCUGCAUCGGAAACCCUCAUUUUUGCGCUAAAUUGGACGAGUAUAAGCUGAAAGGCAAGCCGAACGAUGGGCUACUCUGUCAGCUAUUCAACGGUUCUGAUAAAUGCAUUGUGCAUAAAUACGCCGAUGUCUAUGACUUUUUGUUUCGGGACUUGCGACAAGAGAUCAGACACAUGCUUGAAAUCGGAAUCGGUUCCAAAAGUCCCAAAUUUAGAUUCACCAGCGCGCCAAGGUGGGUUAUUGGUGCUUCUCAACGGGCAUGGAGAAACUAUUUCCCCAGUUCUCGGAUUUAUGCCGCCGAUAUUGACCGGGAAGUUCUUUUUGAAGAGGAACGAAUCAAAAGUUAUCACGUUGACAUAUCCAAAAACGAUACCCUUCAUGCUUUAAUUGAGAAAAUUGGAACGAAGCUGGACUUCCUGGUCGAUGACUCUCUUCAUACUUUGGAAGGACAGGAAAAUUUGAUCUCGGUCGCUUAUGAUUGGAUAAAACCAGGGGGCUAUUACAUAGUUGAAGAUGUACCCGUAAAAACGAUCUGCGCCCAUUCGCUGCCGUCACUCUUGAAGCGAGGAGUUAAAGACUUCGCGUUUGUUCAGACUGAGCUUGUCCGGUUCGACAGCGUCUUGCAAGUUAUCAGAAAGCCUUACUCACUCUAGAAGUUGGCAACUGAUAUCAAUCGAUAUAUUUUGUUAAUCACAAGUUCUCGAAACAUUAAACUGAAUCUAAAGCUAAAGAAAAAAUGUACAUUCAUUGCAGCUAUACAAAAAGCCGACAUUUAACCAGUUACCACAAUAACCAGCCAAAGGCAACGGUUAUUUGUUACAUGACUGUGUGAAAACUACGUUACAAGUUCAAAACAAAGUAUAAUUUAAAAAAUGAUGUAAUUUUGGGGGGUUUAUUGAACUUCGGUUUU